UUUUUUAGAUUCACAAUUGAUCGACAAAUGCUUGAACAGCCGUGGAAAGAUCCUCGUUUCUUUCCAAUAACAAUUGACACUGCGAUGGCCUAUUUUUGUCAAAGAGAGAAUCCGUUUUUUGAUGUAAAUUCUGAUAAUGCAUUCAUAAUGAUGCAACAUCAAGUAGCAAGUGGACCUCAAUUUGAUGAAAUGUUAAAACGAAUAGAGGGCAUUCAAUAUGUUCUUGUUCAACCACCAAGUUCUCCACCACUUUUUGUAGUUAGAAAACAAAAAAGAAUGAGCGCUGAUAAAAUUACUCCUCUUUGUCAUUAUUAUAUUUUGGAUGGAACUGUCUAUCAAGCACCAGAUUUAUAUACUUUUUUACAUUCUAAAUUGAUUGGUAUAAUUGAACCAUUGAGAAAUGCUUUUUUAGAAGCUAUUGAAAUGACUAGAUUUUCAUCAUCAAAAGGAUAUUCUUGGGAAUUUAAAACAAAACCUUCGAAACGAGUAGAUGAAGAAGAGGAAGAAGAAAUGGAUGGCAAUAAUUAUUUAAAUCAAGAAGAUUCUUUAACUGUCCGGGCAACUCCAUAUCAACAAUUACGUACAGACAUGCUUCUUCAAGAGUUGACAACACAAUUCAAGUCUGAUCAGUUGAAAAUCGAGAUGCCACAGCCAACGACAGACCAAAGCAAUACACAACAAUACCAGACUCCUAGUUCACCAGUAUUGACUACUGACUUCCAGGGAUUAAUUUUUGAGAGUCUCAAUCAGUCAAGUGAAGCUGCAAUGUAUGUUGAACAAGAGCGCGAGUAG